CCCCCCUUCCGGUUGCUGGUGGGUUGCCUUUCCUCCUUUGCCUGCAGCGGCCUGGGAGGGCUCCAGAGCUGCACGGAAGGAGGAUGCUUGCUGGUCCCUCCGCCCUAUGCCCUCCGGUCCCCCUUGCCCCGCUCUUGACCGCAGGGGCGCGCGCCGCGUUGCCACGGAAACGCCGGGCGGGCGCGGCGGCGCGCGCGGCGCGCUCUCACCUCCCGGUAGAAGUGGCGGCGGCUCCCGCUCCCGCGCGCCCUGGCGCCCCGGAGCCACGCUCGUUGGGCUCCCACUCCGGGUCCCCGGCGGCACGCAAGGCAAGAUGUUGAGGCGCAACCUGGAAGACCGAGACGCUCAGACAAAACAGCUGCAGGAUGCGGUCACAAACGUGGAGAAGCAUUUCGGAGAGCUCUGCCAAAUCUUUGCUGCUUAUGUACGGAAAACUGCCAGGCUGCGAGACAAAGCUGACCUCCUGGUGAACGAGAUCAACGUAUAUGCCUCUACCGAGACCCCAAAUCUAAAGCAGGGUCUGAAAAACUUUGCAGAUGAGUUCGCCAAACUUCAGGAUUACCGCCAAGCAGAGGUUGAAAGACUUGAAGCCAAAGUAGUUGAACCUUUGAAAGCUUAUGGAACCAUAGUAAAAAUGAAACGAGAUGAUCUCAAAGCAACAUUAACAGCAAGGAAUCGAGAAGCCAAACAGUUAUCUCAAUUAGAAAGGACACGGCAACGAAACCCAUCUGAUCGACAUGUAAUUUCGCAGGCAGAGACUGAAUUACAGAGAGCCACAAUUGAUGCUACCCGCACAAGCCGUCAUUUGGAGGAAACUAUUGACAAUUUUGAAAAGCAGAAAAUAAAGGACAUAAAGAACAUAUUUUCGGAGUUUAUAACAAUUGAAAUGUUAUUUCAUGGCAAAGCUUUAGAGGUCUUCACUGCUGCCUACCAAAAUAUACAGAAGAUUGAUGAGGAUGAAGAUCUAGAGGUUUUCCGAAAUUCUCUGUAUCUACCAGAUUAUCCAUCUCGUUUAGAUAUUGUAAGAGCAAAUUCAAAGUCACCUCUUCAGAGAUCACUUUCAACUAAGUGCACAACUGGAUCUGGGCAGAUAGCCACUUGUCGAACAAGAAAGGAUCAAGAAGUAGAUGAUGAAGAUGAUGAAGAGUUAGAUGUUACAGAAGAUGAAAACUAACUUUAAGAAAAUGUCACAUUUCCAUUCUCAUGUCAAAUGACUUGAAAUCCAGGAUGACUUUAUACUCACUUGCUAAGUUAAACGUCAGAGUGAAAUAUUACUAUGAAAUGGGGGAGGGGGAUUAGAGGAAAUUAUGCUGACAAGAAAAAAAAUUUUAAUUACAUACCAGUGUUUCAGUGUCCUACCUAUAGUAGUGUAUGAUUUUUCUGAAUAUGUUCUAUUAAAAAAAGAUUAUGGAUUUCAAAGCAUUUCAGAUUUAAUGCUAUACAUAAACAUGUAUACAUAUACAUAUAUAUUAAAGGUAUCAAAAGUAGGUAACAAAAGAUUUAAUAAUUCCUUUUAGUUUAUUUUAGGUUAAAAGUCUAGGGUUUUGACUACCAGAAGAGGUCAGUUAAUAAUUCUAUGCCUUAAUGCCUUAAGUAAAAAGAUCUCUUCUUUUACUUUUAUUAUAACCUUAUUGUUUCAUCAUUUGGUAUGUAAAUUUAGUGUUUUCAACAAGAAUGUAACUAAAUAAAGGUAUGGGAUAUUGAUAUCAGGUUUUAUAAUGCACACGAUUAAAUUUCUAAUUUAAAAAGGCCAUGGUUUUAAACAAAACUCAUUCUAAAACCCUGUACAUUCUACUUGUAUAAAUCAUUAAUACUUGGAAGGCAGGUAAUUUGUUAGAAAUGUUGCCUCAUCAUAGAAUGCCAUAAAGCAUUAAACACACUUUCCUGUCUUAUCAGACCACCACAGUCAAUAAAUAUGUACAUACUUUAUUCCUAAAACUACAAAACUUUAGUUAUAGCUGACAUUUCUUUUUCUUUUGGUAAAGAAUUAUGCUUUUAGGAAUCUCAAAGCACUUAUCAAAAAAGAAAAAUUUGUUUUUAACAAAAUGUUGCUUCUUGAGCAUACCUUUAAAAUUACUUUGGUACUUUUUAAGAUGAAAUACUCCAAAUGCUUUAAAGCCCUAAGUAGGUCUUAAGGAAGUAAGGUUAUUACUAAAAUCGUAUAUUCCUGGUCAGUAUUCAAAUUUGAUGUUAGAGUUGACAGGUGAAAACAGCUGUGGUAUUUCUAUUGCUGCUCAAU